CGUGCGCGGUCACGUUCCCUGUUUUGGGAAUUUUUAUUUAUGGCACGCGCGUUCACGACGUGCUCUCUGGCUCUAUCACGUUGUCACCGACUACAAUGUCAAACCUUUUAGGAGUAUCGCGAGCUUCCGUUUUCACUCCAAGGGUAGAAGAUCCGUCGUGAUUUAUUUGUUGCUUUAUUUCUGACUCCCACUCGAAGUGAUAUUUUGCUCCAAAGUGAUGAUAUCUUCACAAUAACCCAAGCUUAAGGUCUAUGUUAGAGCAAGGAAGACUGGAAUGGAGGUGACAAGGCGAAGAGACUCCAGUGGCCAGUUCUCUGACAACUCUGACCAUGACUGUGAGGUACAGAGGAAAGCAGCCUGAAGUGUAAGGAAUGUGGGAAAAACAGGGUAAUAAUGGCCAGAUACUCAGAGGGCUAUGGCACUGAGGAGGAGUGCGUCCAGUCCGAUCCUCAGCGAGAGAGCGAUGCAGAUGCAGACGUAGAGGAUGCAGACACCAGACUACAGGUGGUGGGCUCUCUGCAGAGAAUCAGCUCUCGGAAGCGAAGGCGCCAGCGAGUAACCAGGCAAGACACUACAGAGAGCGAGGAUGAUGGCGGACAGAGCCACAGGAACCACCGCUGGAAUCUGAGACUGAGUCCUCAUCGCUCACCCAACAGAACCAUACUAGAGGAAAGCGUUUCUCAGGUUAGGCCGCUGGUGAUUUGUCACUGUAACCCAGCAGAUACCCCGACUGCUUCAGACAUCCACCCCAGCGAAGGAAAAUGGUGGACGAACAUAUGGCCUUCCUCCUUCUCUUUACCUCUGUUCUUCUUCCUCUUUCUCCUCCCCCUCUGUAUUUCAAUCAUAAUCGUGUUCUUUUCAUUCCUCUUCCCACUUACAAAUACCCGACACACUCCCCUGUAACAAUUUACUCAAGGAACAACCCCCCCCCCCCCUUUUUUUUUUUUGGUUGUUGUUGAUUGGUAUUUUAUGAGAAGCACAAAAAUCGCCUUGAAAUGAAACUUUAACAUCUGGUACAUGUUAGCUAGUGGAUAUUCAUUGUAUUCAUGAUUUACAAUGUCUGCAGUUUUAUUAGUCUGACAGAAUGCUGUAAUUCACUCCUUAUGCCUUUUCUGUUGUCUUGACUGAACUGUCAAUGUUUUAUAACCCACGAUAACCCAUCGUAUUCCAUUAAUUAAUGGCUAUAUUCAAAAAAUUAUUAAUUUGCUGUUUAGUAUGGCUUGUCCUGAAGCGUCACCAUGUGCUCAAAUGUUUGCUCAUUUUUUACGCCACUGCAUACAUGUGCACGUAUAGAGUCUUUGAGGGCCAAAGCAUCACAUGUGUAAAAGAUUGAAAUUACUAUGCAAUGUACAGACAAGUCGUUUAGGGUAUGUUUAUGAUAAAAAUACACCUUUUUUUUUUUGUACUUUAUUUUGUGAAUGCAUGGCUGAAGCGAUAUUAAGCAAAACCUCAACCGAUGCAUCUAAUCUGCUAUAAGUGGCCAAGCUUAAUACUUUACUUAUGUUUCACAUCGACCUCAGCAUUAAAGAUUUAAGUGCAUCCUGAACUUUUUUUUUCUUCCUCUAUGCUUUUUUUUAUGUUACAUCUUAAUAACAGCCCUGAUGCGAUCGCUCAGGCAUUCCUAUUCAGUAUUAUUAAAUGUUUAUGCUAUUGAUUCUGUGCUUUUAUAGCUGCACAAGCUCCAUCAUGUUUCUGUCCGUGUCACCGUCUCAUGCGUUUCCUCUUCAGCUUUAAAAUGAAAAUUGAGGUGUGUAUGUGAAAACUUUUGGGUCCAUUUGAACAUAAAUAAAAAAAAAAUGGUUUGAAAGCA